AUGUACCUCAUGCUCACGGCGGUCUCGCUCGCAUACCGCACGGGGAACAACGUCACGCCUUACAUCGCCAAUCUGGUCGGGCGCGACUUGCACAAAACGGCCGAUCACCCCAUCGGAAUCAUCAAGCAGAAGAUUGAGGACUACUUUGCCACGAUCGACGGCGUCAAGUUUGAGAUCGCCGACGCGAUGGACCCGCUGGUGAGUGCGCAGCAGUGCUUCGACGACCUGCUUAUCCCGGAGGACCACCCGGGCCGGCUGCCGUCCGAUACCUACUACGUGUCGCGGCCGGGCGGUCGCGAGGCCUCCUCGUCGGAAGACCUUUUGCUACGGACACACACGUCGGCCCACCAGUCGACGCUGAUGCGGAAGGGGUACGAGGCGUUCCUCUGCACGGGGGACGUGUACCGGCGCGACGAGAUCGACGCGUCGCACUUCCCCGCCUUCCACCAGAUGGAGGGCGUCCGCCUCUUCGACCCCGCGCUCGUCGGCGAGGGCGAGAUGAGCCGAGAGGAGUGGCUCGCCUCGGACGGCUGCAAGCUCGUGGCCGACGACCUCAAGCGCACGCUGGAGGGGCUGUGCGACGCGCUCUUCGGGCCGGUGGAGAAGCGGUGGAUCGACGAGUACUUCCCCUUCACCGAGCCAUCCUUCGAGCUCGAGAUCUACUACAACGGCGACUGGAUGGAGGUGCUCGGCUGCGGCGUCAUCCACUCCGGCGUCCUCUCCAACUGCGACUUGUCGCACCGGCACGGCUGGGCCUUCGGGCUCGGCCUCGAGCGGCUGGCGAUGGUGCUCUUCGAGAUUCCCGACAUCCGCCUCUUCUGGACGGGCGACGAGCGGUUCACCUCCCAGUUCAAGGCGGGCCAGCUCACAAAGUUCAAGCCCUACUCCAAGUACCCGCCCUGCUUCAAGGACAUCUCCUUCUGGCUGCCCGAGGAGGGCUUCGAGCCUAACGACUUCUUCGAGCUCGGCCGCGGCGUCGCUGGCGAGCUCAUCGAGAGGAUCGACCUGGUCGACUCCUUCACGCACCCCAAAAAGGGCCUCACCUCGCACUGCUAUCGCAUCACCUACCGCUCGAUGGACCGGUCGCUCACCGACGAGGAGAUCAACAGCCUGCAGGAGGAGCUGCGCAAGCAGGCUGCGUCCACCCUCUCUGUCGAGCUCCGCUAGCUCCUGGGAACAGCCGCGCCGCUCCCUUGCCGCGCAUAUAUGGACCGGUUGGUCGAUUUUCUUCUUAGAAAUAGAAAGUUUCGGCA